CAAAAAAAUUAGCCUAUAUAAUUGGACCACACCUACAGGUUAAAGUGCUCGCACAGCACUAACAACCUAAAAACCCAAAGCUAAUUAAGCAAUGGAGAAGAUUACUUUGAUUUUUGUUGGUAUCAUUGCUAGCUUUGUCUCUUUUGCUUCAGCAACACCAGGGAUUGCAACCUUCUACAGAAAUUAUGUUCCUUCUGCAUGCUUUGGAAGUCAGGAUCAAGGAAAAAUGAUUGCCGCGGCUGGUGAUGGAUUGUGGAAUAAUGGGGCAGUGUGUGGGAAAAUGUUCACUGUGACAUGCACGGGACCCCGAAAUCCCGUACCACAUCCAUGCACAGGCAACAGCGUAGCUGUGAAGAUCGUUGAUCACUGUCCGGGAUGCCCAUCAACCAUUGAUCUCUCCCGAGAGGCAUUCGCUCUUAUUGCUAACCCUGUUGCCGGUAUCAUUAACAUUGACUACAACCAGGUUUGAUAAAAUUUGGCAGGCAAUGCAAAGACCGAAGUUUCGGAGAUAAAUGCUUAGUGUAAUGGAAUACUAUUUCGUUUCUAAUAAAUUUCAUAGUAGUAUGUAACAGAGAGAUUUGCAAUGAGAUUUAUGAUAUUAUUUU